AUGGAGUUUCUGUUGCCAAGGAGGAAUUCCAUAGGUGGGUCAUUUUCGGCUUCCUCCCACCGAUGCCACCACAAACAGAAGCACUGUCUCCCCAUCCCACAAUGUGGAGCUCUGUCCAUCAGCCCUCUGCUUUUCCAUCCCCACACGAAGGGAUCCCAAAUCAUCAUGGACACGACGCAGAAGGCAGUGAAGCGCCAGGCUAGCUUCUGCAACGCCAUUACCUUCAGCAACAGGCCCAUCAUUAUUUAUGAACAAGUCAGGCUUAAGAUCACUAAAAAGCAGUGUUGCUGGAGUGGGGCUCUUCGACUGGGGUUCACUUCCAAGGAUCCAUCGAGGAUUAACCCCGACACUCUGCCGAAGUACGCAUGCCCUGACUUGGUUUCCCAAAGCGGUUUUUGGGCCAAGGCUCUGCCAGAAGAGUUUGCGAAUGAGGGAAACAUCAUAGCCUUCUGGGUGGACAAGAAGGGACGGGUUUUCUAUCGAGUGAACGACUCUGCUGCGAUGCUCUUCUUCAGUGGGGUGAGGACGGCAGAGCCCCUCUGGGCUUUGAUCGACGUCUACGGACUCACCCGCGGAGUGCAGCUCUUAGACAGUGAAAUCAUUCCUCCCGAUUGCCUGCGGCCCCGCUCCUUCACCGCCAUCCGCCGGCCCUCGCUGCGGCGGGAGACGGAGGACACGCGCCUCUCGGUCAGCCUCUGCGACCUCAACCUGCAGGAAGAGACCUUCCACGUGACGGCCACCACUUGCCCCAUCCCACAGAACUCCCUCAACUCCCAGCACUCCCACCUCCUCCCCUCCCAGCUGGAAAGUGACCUCCGCUUCCACCACCUCCGGGGACCCCACGUCAAAAUCCUCGAUGACCAAACUGUGGCCCGUCUGGAGCACGCCCGGGAGGAGAGGACUUUGGUUUUCACCAGCAGACCCCUUCGGAUCAACGAAACCAUUUUUGUCAAAAUCAACAAGUCCAACGCUGUGCGCACAGGGACGUUGUCCUAUGGGGUGACGUCCUGCGACCCCAGCACCUUGCGCCCCAGCGACCUCCCCUAUAACCCUGAGUCCUUGGUCGACCGAAAGGAGUUCUGGGCCAUCUGCCGAGUCGUGGUGCCCCUCCAGAGCGGAGACAUCUUGGGUUUUAUGGUGAAUUCAGAUGGUGAGCUGCACUUGAGUCACAACGGUGCCGGCACUGGUAUGCAGGUCUGCGUGGACUGUUCCCAGCCCCUCUGGAUGUUCUUCGUUUUACACGGCGCAGUGACGCAAAUUCGAUUGUUGGGUUCCACCAUAUUAGCCGAACGGCUGGGGCUGUCCACACCAAGCUCGCCCACGUCGACACCCAAUUCCCCCACCGUCCUCUGCAGCGGUGUCUCUGACCCCAUAUUGUCUACAUGCGGCUCUGGCCCCCUCUGCAGCUCUAUCAGUGGCACAGCUCCCAACUCUCCCAUCAGCUUGCCUGAGUCACCCAUCUCCCCGUCCGUCUCAGGGCCCUGGGGAGAUGAAUGCACCAUCUGCUACGAGAACAUGGUAGACACGGUCAUUUACUCCUGUGGACACAUGUGUCUCUGCUAUUCAUGUGGGCUGAAGCUCAAGAAGAUGGCCAAUGCUUGCUGCCCCAUUUGCCGACGGGCCAUCAAAGAUAUCAUCAAAACAUACCGCAGCACUUAGAGCAGCACCAGAUGCUGUGGUGGGGACUGGGCAGGUGGGGAGGAGGCUGUGAAACAACACAGGUCUUGGGCUCUAUUCAUCAUCCAGGAGAUUCAAAAACCAUCACCCACCACCACCCUGAUCCCCUCUUCAAUGGACAGCGGAUGAGACAAGCUUAGACGCUGCUCUUCUAUCCUCCAAGCAAGCCCUGGGGCUGAACUCCAGUGUGUCAGGGAAGUUGUGAGGGACUACUCUCCCUUGUGGAUUUUAAACUUUAUC